AUGCCGCUAAAGAGGCUCGAUCUCCGAGCCAUUCCAAUGGCAUUGGAGGCAUUAGGCCCUAAUUCCAUUGACGACAAGGAAGACAUGGAAUUCACCUGCGACAAGAUCACCGCCGCUGUCGUACACCAUAGCAACAAGAAAUUCAAGCAGAGGGAUCACGAGGAACAGACCGAACCCGACGACACAGAAGCUGGUGAUAUUGUUGCUGACCUUAUGGGUGUUGAGACUGAGGAACUGUACAAAAAAUUCAGUAAGCUCAAGAUCAAGGUCAGUACCGAGUUCGUCACCUAGGGUAGGAAUGUCGACCAGGUCUACUAUUCCAUUAGUGUCAUGGCCAAGGGCUUGUUCGACCUUCUCUUCAAGUGGAUUGUGAAGAAGUGUAACCAGAACCUCGAGACCGGCAUGAAGCGUGCCAUGUUCAUUGGUGUGCUCGAUAUUGCCGGCUUCGAGAUCUUCGACUUCAACGGCUUCGAGCAGAUCUGCAUUAAUUUCUGUAACGAGAAGUUGCAGCAGUUCUUCAACCACCACAUGUUCGUGCUUGAGCAAGAGGAGUACAUGGCCGAGGGCAUUGACUGGGUCUUUGUCAACUUCGAAAUCCUCGCCAUUCUCGUGGAAGAGUCCAUGUUCCCGAAGGCCACCGACGAGACAUCUGAGGAAAAACUGAAGGCCAACCAUCUGGGCAAGUCUGCUUGCUUCAUCAAGCCUCCCAAGCCAGGCCAGGCUGAGGGUCACUUCGCCAACGUUCUUUACGCCGGCACUAAUAUCAAAGAUCCACGCAACGACACCGUCGUCGACCAGCUCAGGAAGUCGAAGAUGCCUCUCAUUGUGGAGCUUUUUGCUGAUCAGCCUGCUCCCGCUGAGGCUAAGGGAGGUAAAAAGAAGAAAACUGAUGGUUUCAAGGUUGUUUCAUCUGGAUAUAGGGUAUUCAUCUGUGCUGGUGUCUUGGGUACCAUGGAAGAACUUCGUAAUGAACUUUUGGCUAAGGUCAUCACUUGGAUGCAGUCAUGGAUCCGUGGUCUGAUUGGACGUCUUCAAGAACAACGUGUUUCCCUCCCUAGGAUUGAAGAUAAGAUCAACAAGCUUAAGGACAAGGCUGGGAAAGCUGUUUCAGCCUUGGAUUGCAAAUCUACAUGCCGCAAGGAGCUGGAGGAAUCCAAUGCAAAUCUUGUUGAAGGACUGAAUGAACUGAAGAGGCAUGUAGAGCAAGAUGUCAGUGCCACGAGGAAAGACCUGGAAGAAUUUGAACUUAAUGUCCAAAAGACUAACCAGGAUAAGGCUACCAAGGAUCAUCAGAUCAGGAAUAUCAAUAAUGAGAUCGCUCACCAGGAUGAAAUCAUCGACAAGCAGGAUAUGAAUCAAAAGACUGCUGAGGAUCCCCAGGCCGUCGAGGAGAAGGCCAGCCACCUCAACAAGAUCAAAGCCAAGUUGGAACAAACCCUAGACGAACUCGAGAGUUCCGUUGGACGCAAGCUUAGUGUCGAAAUUAAGAGGUCCAAGAGGAAGAAAACUUGCCGAGUAGGACCCAACCGAAUCACCACUAGAACGACUGCACCGAAGUCUUCCGUCCGUCAGUCUAGGCACACGUCUGACGUCACAAACAAAGCUUUCCCCCGGGCCCCAAGGACGAUAAGCCCCGGCAAGAAUAAAAUCUCGGCCAGUCUACCACCGAUACGCAAUUACAUCUGGCACCACUUCGAUGUAAACAUAGACGCCACCAUGCCCGGCCACGUCGUGAAGAGCACGGGUCCCGACCCCGACCCCACCGAGUUCCUGUUCAUCUCGGCUGAACAGCGAAUGCUCGACCAGACCAAGCCCUAUGAUCCCAAGAAGUCUUGCUGGGUCCCUGACGAUAAGGAGGGCUUCGCUGAGGGCUUGAUCCAGGGCGCCAAGGGUGACAAACUAGUCAGCGUCCAGCUGAAGAGCGGUGAGGUCAAGGACUUCAAGAAGGAAACUGUGGUACAGGUCAACCCUCCCAAGUACGAAAAGUGCGAAGAUGUGUCCAACUUGACCUUCCUCAAUGAUGCUUCUGUCCUGUACAACUUGAAGAGCCGUUACCAGGCCAAGCUCAUCUACACCUACUCUGGCCUCUUCUGCAUUGCCAUCAACCCCUACAAGCGUUACCCCAUCUACACCAACCGCACCGUCAAGAUCUACCAGGGCAAGAGGCGUAAUGAAGUGCCUCCCCAUCUCUUCACCAUCUCCGACGGCGCCUACAUGGAUAUGUUGCAGUCGGCUGUUAACCAGUCUAUGCUUAUCACUGGUGAGUCUGGUGCCGGCAAGACUGAGAACACGAAGAAGGUGCUGUCCUACUUCGCCAACAAAAAGAAAAAAAAAAAAAAUCUCUUUGAGAACUUGGAGGACCAGAUCGUGAAGACCAACCCUCCCCUGGAGGCUUACGGUAACGCCAAGACCACCCGUAACGACAACUCCUCUCGUUUCGGUAAGUUCAUCCGCAUCCACUUCGCCCCCAACGGCAAGCUCUCCGGUGCUGACAUCGAGGUGUACCUGCUGGAGAAGGCUCGCGUCGUGUCCCAGGCCCCUGCCGAGCGUGGCUACCAUAUCUUCUACCAGAUGAUGACCGAUCAAGUCCCUGCCAUUAAGAAAAUGUGCAGACUCUCAAAUGACAUCUACGACUACCCUUACGAGGCUCAGGGUAAAGUCACUGUGCCUUCCAUCGACGACAAUGAAGACAUGGAAUUCACUCAUGUAAGUGGUCGCAGACCUUAUUAUUACAAGAUUUUGGCUGCUGACGUCAUGGCCUCAGAAAAGGAUGACAAGAAAGCAGCAGAAAUGACUUUCCAGAGAUCUGGGCUUGAUAAGGACCUGUAUAGGUGCGGCAAAACAAAGGUAUUCUUCCGUGCUGGUGUCCUGGGUACCAUGGAAGAGCUUCGUGAUGAACGGUUGGCCAAGAUCAUCACAUGGAUGCAGUCAUGGAUUCGUGGUCUGAUUGGACGCAAGGAAUACGGCCGUCUUCAGGAACAACGUGUCUCCCUCGUAGUUCUUCAGAGAAACAUUCGCAAGUAUAUGGAGAUGAGCAACUGGUCUUGGUUCAUCUUCUGGCAGAAAGUGAAGCCCCUCAUCAACCAGCCAAGGCUUGAGGACGAGAUCAACAAGCUCAAGGACAGGGCUGAGAAGGCUGUUGCAGACUUGGAUCGCGAGACUACUCGCCGCAAGGAACUGGAGGAAUCCAACGCGAACCUUGCUGAAGAACUGAAUAACCUGAAGGUUACCCUCGAAUCCACAAAGGGCAACGUUUCCAAAUUCAUUGAAGAACAAGCAAAACUGAGUGCUGAGAAGACCGAGUUAGAAGCUCAGCUCAAUAAUGCCGCUGCAAAACUUCAGAAGGAAGAAGAAUCUCGCACUGAAAUGUUCCAGUUGAAGAGGAAAGCGGAGCAAGAUGUCAAUGCCAUGAGGAAAGACCUGGAAGACUUUGAACUUAAUGUCCAAAAGACUAACCAGGAUAAGGCUACCAAGGAUCAUCAGAUCAGGAAUAUCAAUGAUGAGAUCGCCCACCAGGAUGAAAUCAUCAACAAGGCUAACAAGGAAAAGAAACUGCUGCAGGAGAUGAAUCAAAAGACUGCCGAGGAUCUCCAGGCCGUCGAAGAGAAGGCUAGCCACCUCAACAACAUCAAGGCCAAGUUGGAACAAACCCUUGACGAACUCGAGAGUUCUGUUGGACGCGAGAAGAAGCUUCGUGCCGAAAUUGAGAGGUCCAAGAGGAAGGUCGAGGGAGAUCUUAAAAUGACUCAAGAAAGUGUUGCUGACAUCGAGCGCCAGCACAAAGACCUGGAGCAAACCAUCCAGCGCAAAGACAAGGAAAUCGCCAAUCUUGCCAAUAAGCUGGAAGAGGAACAGGGAGUUGUUUCGAAGGUACAGAAGACAAUCAAAGAAAUGCAAGCCCGCAUUGAGGAACUUGAAACUGAAGCUGAGCACGAGCGACAGGCUCGUGCCAAGGCCGAAAAGGGCAAAGGCAUGAUGAGCCGUGAACUCAAUGACCUCAAUGAACGUCUGGAUGAGGCAGGAGGUGCAACUGGUGCUCAGAUUGAACUCAACAAGAAGAGGGAGGCGGAGCUUGCCAAGCUUCGUCGCGAGCUUGAGGAAGCCAACAUCCAACACGAAUCGGCUCUUGCUAAUCUUCGUAAGAAGCACAAUGAUGCUGUUGCCGAGAUGACUGAACAGAUCGAUCAUCUCAACAAGACGAAGGCCAAAACCGAAAAGGAGAAGGACAUGAUGAAAUACCAGGCCGAUGAAGCCAAGUCAGCGAUGGACACUCUUGCUCGUGAUAAGUCUGCAAAUAUACCCAAUCGGAUUCCUUAUAUGACACAUGAAAAAAAGGACUUGAGUAUAACAUUUAGACUAACAAUUGGCGAGUCUGGUGCCGGCAAGACUGAGACACACAAAAAGGUGCUGUCCUACUUCGCCAACAACUUGGAGGACCAGAUCGUGCAGACCAACCCUCCCCUGGAGGCUUACGGUAACGCCAAGACCACCCGUAACGACAACUCCUCUCGCUUCGGUAAGUUCAUCCGUAUCCACUUCGCCCCCAACGGCAAGCUCUCCGGUGCUGACAUCGAGGUGUACCUGCUGGAGAAGGCUCGCGUCGUGUCCCAAGCUCCUGCCGAGCGUGGCUACCAUAUCUUCUAUCAGAUGAUGACCGACCAAGUCCCUAACAUUAAGAAAAUCUGUCGUCUUUCAAAUGACAUCUACGACUACCCUUACGAGGCUCAGGGUAAGGUCACUGUGCCUUCCAUCGACGACAAUGAAGACAUGGAAUUCACACAUACAGGUGAAAUUCUUGGUGACCUUCUUGGCGUAGAUAGUGAGGAGUUAUACAGGAAUCUGUGCAAGCCCCAAGAUCAAGGUCGGUCCGAGUUCGUCACCCAGGUAGAAUGUCGCCCCAGGUCUAUUUUACUCCUUCAGCGCUCUGGCCAAGGGUGUUCGAUCGUCUCUUCAAGUCGGAUCGUGAAGAAGUGUAAUCCAACACUCGAGACCGGCAUGAAGCGUGGCCAUGUUCAUUGGUGUGCUCGAUAUUGCCGGCUCGAAUCUUCGACGUUAAGUUUUGACCAGCUUAUAUUCAUGGAAUCAAAUUUCAACGGCUUCGAGCAGAUCUGCAUCAACUUCUGUAACGAGAAGUUGCAGCAGUUCUUCAACCACCACAUGUUCGUGCUUGAGCAAGAGGAGUACAAGGCCGAGGGCAUUGACUGGGUCUUUGUCGACUUCGGUAUGGAUCUGCAGGCUUGCAUUGAGCUCUUCGAGAAGAAACUUGGCCUCCUCGCCAUCCUCGAGGAAGAGUCCAUGUUCCCGAAGGCCACCGACAAGACAUUUGAGGAGAAGCUGAAGGCCAACCAUCUGGGCAAGUCUCCCUGCUUCAUCAAGCCGAAGCCUCCCAAGGCAGGCCAGGCUGAGGGUCACUUCGCCAUCGUCACUACGCCGGAGGCUAAGGCCAAGGCUGAGGCCCUCCGCUUGAAGAAGAAGCUUGAGUCUGACAUUGGUGAGCUGGAGAUUGCUCUGGAUCACGCUAACAAGGCCAAUGGCGACAUUCAGAAGCAGGUGAAGAAGGCUCAGGCCGAGAUGAAGGACAUGCAGGCUCGUGUGGAGGAGGAGCAGCGUCUUGCUUCUGAGUAUCGCGAGCAGUGCAGCGCCUCUGAGCGUAAGGCUAAUGCUGUCAAUGGUGAACUGGAGGAAUCCCGCACCCUUCUGGAGCAGUCUGAUCGCGGACGUCGCCAGGCUGAAUCCGAGCUUGCUGAUGCCAAUGAGUCCCUCAGCCACCUUACAGCUCAGCAUGGAUCACUCUCCAUGGCGAAGAGGAAGCUUGAGGGCGAGAUUCAGACUCUGCAUGCUGAACUUGAUGACAUGCUGAACGAAGCCAAGAACUCCGAGGAUAAGGCCAAGAAGGCCAUGGUUGACGCUGCUCGUCUGGCCGAUGAGCUCCGUGCUGAACAGGAACACGCCCAGAACUCAGAGAAGAUGCGUAAGGGUCUGGAGGUGUCUGUGAAGGAUCUUCAGUCUCGUCUUGAUGACUUUGAGUCUUCAGCUUACAAGACGGGCAAGAAGGCCCUCGCUAAACUGGAAGCUCGCAUUCGCGACCUAGAAACUCAGCUGGACGACGAGGCUCGCCGUCACGCCGACGCCCAGAAGAACCUGAGGAAGUGCGAGAGGCGCAUCAAGGAACUCACCUUCCAGUCCGACGAGGACAAGAAGAACCACGAGAGGAUGCAGGACCUGGUCGACAAGCUCCAGCAGAAGAUUAAGACCUACAAGCGCCAGAUCGAGGAAGCUGAGGAGAUCGCCGCCCUCAACCUGGCCAAGUAUCGUAAAGCCCAGCAGGAACUUGAAACCGUGUGCAGGAGAUAAGUAGAUACAGCAGUAAGAAUAUUGUGUAUUUCUCGAGGAACAUGUUCUUUGUCCAUAAUCAGUAAAACUAAUAACAAUACCAAG